AAAAAGUCAAGGGGUCUGAAUGCUUUCCAAAUGCACUGUAAAUAAGAGCAGACUCAGUGUUUCACCUUUCAUCAGUGAUGUUACUUUAUUAGGUAGGUAGCUAGCAUAUCUCUUACCUCAAUUUCAAUUUCUGCUGCUCCUAGACAGGCCCGGCAACGUCUUUCAACGGUUGGUAUUGUUGGAUUCGGGGUUAAACUUGGAACAUUGUUAUAUUCAGAAGUAUAGGAACAUUAGUUACAAAAGAGACAUGAGGGGUGCCAUAAUGAAGCUUGGGAGGGGCUGAGUGCAGGGAAAACAAUCGCAUGUGACAGUACUGAUAAGGGGAGAAACCGUUAAAGUCUCAUAUCACUUAGUUCCCUGCUUAGCAAGAAUAAUGCAAUGUUUAGAGAUGAGGAGGAGACUCCACUUAAAGUGGUGUAUGAAUACCACCACGGGGAAGCCAUGUCUGUGUCUAAAUUACAGCUGUAUCGACCCUUUGGGGAUAGUUAAACUUGGUUAAGCUUCUCUAGUGUCCGUGAGUAAUUUACUCUGAAAAUUAUAACCUAACAGUUGGCGUUGUCGGCAGGAUUCACCACGAUUUAUAGUCAAACCAAAGAGUCCAUAUCAGUGGAGCAGAGCUGGCAAAAAACAAGGUGAAAGCAGAGAUAACCAAGGGCACGGCUGAAUUCUGGAGAUUGAGUGUACAUCAAGAUACACCAGGCGGGGGUGUUGGUACAGCAUUGGUUUGGUCCACACACAGUACUCCUUACAGCACCUGCAGCGGUAAAGAUUGUCAUGUCUCUCCUUGGUGGGUGCAUUGUUCUCACGAGAAGUGAGGUCCAGCUGCAUAAUGGGUGAGCUUGAAGACACCAUGGCAGAGGAAAUGGAGCGAAAGAGUGGGAGCGAGACUAGAUUCCCCUGUAAGACAUGCAGAUGGGUUGGGUCUGGGAGCUACUUUAAGCAUCAUAGUUUGGGUUGGGUUAGCUGCUUUAUUGGUUAAUGCAUCAUAUGAAAGAGGAUAGAUGUUGGUGUAAUUGUACUCUAAACAACAUGUUUAAGGCAUUGAUGUGAAAGCAUAUACAGUACUGAGUUACCUUAAUAAGAGGAUGUAGGAUUGUUGCAAUGGAGGAGAAUUGGGAACAAAGUGAAAAUGACAUGGCUUGGGAACACCUCUCGGAACCUGGGGCCGGAAAGGGGAAGACUGGGCGAAAGCAUGAGGAGGCUUUUUAGGGAUAUCAUUUUUGUGGAAUCCAGCAGAAAAGUAUCCUGGAGACAUAGAGUCAGGUGAAGAGGGAGUGGGAAUUGUCAUGGUCUCAGUCUUUGGUUUUCAUGCAUAUAUAAUAAUGCAUAUCUUAUCACAUUGUUAAUACUGUUAUGUUUUGUGUGUUUUUGUUGCAUUCCAAGUCUUGUGCUAUCACUCUCGUAGGAAACAGAAGGAGAGAGUGGAGAAACAAAAAUCAGCUCCAACUGACAUGGAACAAGACAGCGGAUUCAGCUGAAAUGUCAUUUUGUUGUGUGAUUAGAGAUGGAAAUAAGAUUGUGUAUGGUGUGAUCAUAGACCAGGCCAUAACUCUCCGAGUUUGUAAACCUCCCGGUGGUGAAUGUUUUUUAUUAUCAUUGUUCGUUCAUUUAUAAUCAGGUUUUAUUUAUUUUUUAUUUAUUCAUUUUCGUUAUCAUUUUUUGUUCAUUUAUAAGUAAUUUCUUGCUUUUUCUUGCUUCCCCCACAACAGGGGAAGCCAUGUCUGUGUCUGAUUUACAGCUGUAUCGACCCUUUGGGAAGAAUUAAACUUGCUAAGCUUCACUAGUGUCCAGGUCGUCACCUGAGAAAUGCUCACUACAAAACCGUAGAUCCAGUCUUUAGAUGGGAGUGUUUAUGCAUCUUUGCAGGACAACUAACCAAACCCUCAGUAAAUCUGGGUCCAAAGGAAGUCCGUGAGAAGAUAUCGGACUGUGUUUUGUCUUUGCGUUGUCACAUGUUGGGAUUUCACAUCUGCAAACCAUUUUCAACAAUAUUCAGCUAUUAACCUAACAAAAACUACUUCUGUCCCGUUUUCAUCGCCUGGCUGAUCUCAUGACUGACUAUCAACGUAGCUAGCUAGGUACCUAGUACUGUAUCUGUGCCAGUAGCGUGCCCCCUAUUUACACACUCGCAGUAGUGAGAGGAAUUGGAUUGAAGAAGUACAUGCAUGGUAGCGAAUAUGCUUGAGCUGUAAAUUAUUGCUUGAGUUCAACUAAAUGGAUUAUAAUGUUCGGUAUGACACAAUUUCAUGUGUACAACAUCUAAAGACUAUACUGGAGCAAUAGAGCAUUUGUUCAUGUUUUUGGAUGCCCCGGAACUCCAGAAUGAGGCUGAGGAUGUCAAUUGCUGGUGGGAAAUCAAGGACACUUCCUGCAGCUCUUCAAGAUACAGAAUCUCUUCUCUGAGGCAGUACAGCCAAUCAUCAGUGCUCCCUCUGCCAAUGACCAGAAACCCCUACACCAUGCCUACAAUAAGUGCCUUCUGUACAGAGGACAAUGUGUCAGAAUGUAUCUCAUACAUCAAUCAGGAGGUAUCCUCUCUGGGCUUUCCAUUGCUUUGCACAGAGUCUAACAACGGUCCUGAACUGAAUCUGGUGGCCGUGCUGAAUAACGUGUACAACCUGCUCCAGCUGCACCGCCGGUGCCUGCAGACAGUGGAGGAGAUUGAAGUGGAGCAGGUCAAGUCCAACAGCAACAUGGACUAUCUGCAGCUCAGCAACACUAGACUGAAGGAUCAACUUGAACUCUCCAAGAGGGAAAACACUGGACUUCUUGAGAGAGAACGUCAGCUACAGCUGAAAGUGAAGAGCUUACAUAACUGCCUGAAAAAUGAAAAAGAAGAGGUACAGAAACUUCAAAGCAUCAUAGCAAGCCGUGCCACUCAGUACAAUCAUGACAUGAAGAGGAAAGAAAGGGAGUUCGGCAAACUAAAAGAGCGCCUGAAUCAGCUUCUGAUCGACAAAAAGGAUAAGAAACAAACGUUUGAAGUAUUGAACUACGUGGGAAGAUCGGAUGGGAAGAGAAGCCUUUGGAAAACUGGGAAGACUGAGGCCAGACAUGAGGGAGAGAUGUAUAAGACUCUACUGAACGACUACGACAGUCGCCACAAGGACCUAUUGAUGGAGAACGCAGAGUUAAAGAAAGUAUUACAGCAGAUGAAAAGGGAUAUGGUCACCAUUUUGAGACCCAGGAAACCUAGCCAAAGUGGCGAGAAACAUGAUGACAGUCUAGAACAGACCAGCUCAGAAGAGGAUGAGGUGUGUGAUUCAAGUAGAGAGAGCCUGGAGCUGUCCUGUGAGCAUGCAAGGGAACAGCUCACCAAUAGCAUUCGCCAGCAGUGGAGGAGACUAAAGAGCCACGUGGAGAGACUGGACAGCCAAGCAUCCUUGGUAGGGGAGAGAGCCAACAUGAACGCCAUCCCCAAAGAGGUCCAUGAAGAGGAGAUGGACAGGCUGAAACUGGAGAUCCAGCAGUAUAAAGACUUCAUCCACACGCAGCAGCAGCUCCUGCAGCAGCAGCUGAACUCCCCAUGUGACGAUGAGACAGCCUCGCUGCUCAACGACUGUUACAUGCAGGAGGAGAAGGAGCGCCUCAAGGAGGAUUGGAAGUCCUUCGAAGAAAAAAGGAAGAACUUUGAGGCGGAAAGGAAGAACUUCACAGAGGCAGCCAUAAGACUGAGCCACGAGAGAAAAGCAUUUGAGGAGGACCGCGCCACAUGGCUCAAACAUCAGUUUUUAAACUUGACUCCAUUUGGAGACCAAAUGAAACCACAGAUGUCAAAGUCUCAAAGUGCCUUAUCAGGAUGUGCUGAGUCAGAGGUUAGGCCCAUGUCGACUCCAGCAAAGUUAAAUAAAUCACUAUCCCACACGGCUUUCUCCACAUCCAGAGCCUCUCCAGCGAAGACGCCAUCCACGGCAGAUCUGUAUCGCACACACUGCCUUAUCCCAGAAAAAAGCCCAAGCACAAUCCACCCAAAGCAAGACUCCAGCAUCCUUCGCAAUGGUGACGUUCCUGCCCAGCUCCGACACGUGAAUGGAGGAGCAAAUUGCAGAGCAUACACAUUCACGGGAGAUAGAAAUGGCUCCAUUUAAACACAGGGAUAGACACCUUGGCCUUUUCCCAUGACAAUCCAUGCUCUUAAACCAUUCAAUAUCAAGUGUAGUAUCAAAGGUAGUCAGACACACUUAAAUGGAAACGCAAAACACAAAAUAUAUUUAGUUCUUGUUUGUAGAACUUUAUAAAAUAAAAAUCUAUAAUUUAACUAGACAAAAAGGACCCGGACAGACGAGGCCCCUGUCUGUGUUUUGAUAGAGCCAUAAUAUUUUGGCUGCUGAGUGGCUCAUUGUAAAUGGCAGGGACAAAUUAGUGUGGUUUUUAAUGUAAUAUUGGUGUUUGUAGAAGUCGUUUUGUAUAUAUUUAAUGUAAAAUGUCUUUGUUGUAUUACCUUUUUGUUAAGGUCAUGUAGUUUUAUAAAGUUUAAUGUUUAUCCGUAGGCACUCUGUAAGACAGCGUAAUGUAUUUAUCAUGGUCAACAUUGUUUCCCCCUUAAAUAUUUGAUAGCAUCUUAGAAUGUACUUUUAUUUCAAUGCUGCUGAUACACCAAAGGCAAUAAGAUAUAUUAGUUCUGUCAAUUUCAUAAAUACAUUUAAAUUGUGUCUUUACCCUUGAAGUGAUUGUGGUGAUGAUGACAAAACAAUAUUGCUCAAGGCUAUUGUGUUUAUUGUUGUUGAUGUAGCGCACGGAACAGUCACAGCGAGGCGGAUGCACUUUAUAACUGCAUAUAUCACUUUGAAAGUGUUUUCUGCAUUGAUUUCUUAUUUUACAAUUCACCAUGAAAAGUGAUUGCCAUUAGAUUGCUGUUGUUAGAGGGCUAUAAUGUAUCAGAGACCAUCUUUGAAUGCACAGUUGGAUUUAUUACAAUUUGAAUGGUCAA